GCGUGCCGGAAGUCGGAAGCCGGAAACAGCGAGCAUGUGUCCUCUGGAGUUUUUGACGCAGAGCUAAAGUGAAAACAUUCAUCCCUACAGACCAACUAAGCCACCAUGAACAGCUGUAGGAGGAUAGCCUGCGGUGACUGGAGGUCCGGUCUCACCGCCGUCUUCUCUCGGGUCAGACCGCCAACAAACUGCCGCCGGUGGUCGGAGGCAGCUCCGUCCCUCAGCCGGACCCAGGCCGCCGCCGGUCAACAGGCUCCAGACUCCGACACGGGAGAGAAGCCCCGGCUCAUGGCCAUCGACCUGGCGAGGAAGCUCAGGCAGGAGAAGGCGAAGCUCCAGCAGGGGAAGAAGAAACCCCGGGUGGAGGUGGAGGUGGAGGUGGAGGAGGAGGGAGCCCGGCUGUCCGACCAGGAGAAGAGGGUGAUAGAGCUGAAACGGUUCACCAUGCAGCUGCAACAUGUUCAUCCUAACGUGCUGGCCAAACACCUGAACAGAGGCGUACUGUACCAGGACAAAGAUGUGGUCGUCAUCAACAAACCGUACGGGGUCCCUGUCAGAGAGGACCGUGGGGUCACAUCCAUCUCCUCUGUGCUUCCCGUUCUCGCCAAACUGAUGGACGGGACGAAGGUCAAGUCUGACUCUCAGCUGUUUCCGUGUCUGAAGCUGGAGAAGGAAACAGCGGGAGCUCUGCUGCUGGCACGGACGGAAGAAGUCGUGGAGCACAUACUCAAUCUCAACAAAUACAACCAGGUGCAGAGGAAGUACUGGGUCAUCGUAGUGGGCGUACCUGUUCCAUCUAAAGGAACGAUUGACAUCCCCAUCAUAGAGAGGGAGGUCAAAGGCUCUCGGCCACACUACAAGAUGGCUCUAAGUCCUCUUUUCAAGAUGAAUGAGACGGGCGACGGUGUGACCAAAGUCCGCGGCCAUCGACAGGCCCAGCCUGCAGUCACCAAGUACAGAGUCGUGGACAGCAGCUGUGGCUGCAGCCUCGUGGAGCUCCAGCCCCUGAGCGAGGUGAAGCACCAGAUGAGAGUCCACAUGGCACUUGCUCUGGCAUGCCCCAUUCUUGGUGACCACAAAUAUUCCGAUUGGAACAAACUGGCUCCCCAGAUAUUACCAGAGCGCGUGCUGGGAAAGCUCGGACUGGAACAGAGCAAGGUCCGGCAUCUUCCUCUUCAUGUGCUCGCUCGAAAGCUGACGCUGCCCGGAAGAGAUCAAGUCGACAUCAGUGCGUCCUCUCCCGUGCCCAAAUACUUCAUGCAAACGAUAAAUCGACUGAAAUUAACUUUUGAGGACGAUUAAAAAACACCUCUGCCAUCCAAGUGAUGUCUAAAUGCAGCAGGUUGUGGAAGACGUCUGGACUGAAAUGUGGAGGAAAACUGUGUAAUGUGUGCCAUAGUACCAAGCAGGAUUUGCGAGGUUAUGUAAAAUUAUCAAACGGAAAAUGACUGUACAGUGCUAUACAACUCAUUUUUAGUAAUAAACAAAUGAAGCAAAA